GAUGAUGAAAAAUCAUCAGAGUCGGAUCAAGCUUAUUUUAUGAGCAUUCGUUUUAAUUAUCUUCCAUUGAGGAGGGGAGGUUCCUUUGUCAUUGAGCCAUAUAGUCCGCACCGAUUUAGUCGCCAAUUUGGUUUCCAUCAAGAUAAUCCUGGCUAUUUAGAAAAUGAUAUUCGUGUUGAGUCACUUGAUGAAGGCCUUAUAUACUGGCGCAUUUGUGUAUCACGUGUGACUAUGUCUACAGCGACAUUUCCUCCUGCGGUAACUUCCGCAAAGAAGCUUUAUACCACCCAAUAUUCAUCUUGGUGGGAGAGGUCCUAUGGAACGUUUCUUGAGGAUAAUUUGGAUGUUAUGGUGGAAAAAGCUGGGUCAGAAUUUGUUACCCUUCUAGAAGACAAAAGUCAAGAUAUCGAGAAAACACUUUCAAAAGUCAAGACACCACUUGCUCCCCAACAUCAAAGUAAGAAGCUUAACUUUUCUAAGGCAUCUAAGAAAGAACUGGUUCAUACUCCUACCGAUAAAGAGAAAUCCCCCCAAUUUCUCUUCUCUAGUAAGCAGUCCCUUCAAGAAACAAGAAAAACUAGCAAGGAUCGAUGUUGGAAGAGGCAAAGAAUUGAACUAUCUGGGGCUGAAAUUGUAGAAGUCCGAAGUGUCGAUAAUCAUUCUAGAUCAUUGACAAUUCAGAGUAACAAGGUUGAUGCUGAUGGACAUUUACAAGGAUCACCGCGUGAGAGGCCACAAGUUAGCGAAGAGUCUACAGCGAUAUUGAGACCUAAGGCAAAACCAAUUUCAAAUAUCGAGAAAGAUCAAGAUUCAUCGUCUACUUCUCGUGGCCAAACUUUAAAAGGGUUGUCUCCUAACUCAAAUGAGCUUUCCCGAGUUCUUCCCAACAUAAAUGGUGCUAUGUCUGUCUUCGAAGGAAGAGGUGUGGUGUUUAAUCACAAAAGGAAGUAUAUCUUGGGUCUUUGGGAAGAGAUCUGUAGAAAACUUUCCAGAACUUCUCUAAACAAUAUUUCAUCUUACAAAGAUGAUAUUUAUGAGAUUUUCAAGGAGAUGAGUGAGAUGAAUUUAUUAGAUCUUUCACCAUUAAAAAGCUUGGUAGAUUCUCUUUUUGAUCAUGCUACUUCUUAUGAUCAAGAACACUCUAAUUUUGUUGACAAGGCGCCUGGAGAUAGGAAGAUGGAACUGCUUUCCAAUGCCAAAGAGCGUCUCGAAUUAUUCAAAGUAGAGGAAUGUGAGAAGGCAAAACAUGUCUCUUCUAACAAGAAAUCGCUAAAGAAGGUUAAGCGGAAGCUAGCAACUAUACAAGGAGAGCGAGAGGGUCUUGAAGCUGUUUUAGACGCUGCUAAGAAGAACGUCGAGGAGAUUCAAGCCAUGAUUUUAGCUACGGAAGAUGAGAUAUCCUCGUAUGAGAAUAUGAGUUUAUUAACGCCUGAAGAUUCAAUUCGCAUGGAACAGAAAAGAGAGUGCUUGGAGGCUAGUUGA